AUGUACUCGUACCACUUGGUAUUAGAAUGCCUGAUUCCAUCAUACAACUCAGUCAGUGAUAAAAGCAUCAUUCUUGCCGAAAAUGGGCUUGCCAAGCCUGCAGGUGAUGAGGUUGCCGAUGUGGCUCAUGCCGCUUCCUCCCCUCUUUCCGGAUCCUCCCCAACAGCCCCCCCUUCUCUCCCUAUGGACUUAACUACAUCCUCUGUGAUCGGUCACGAGCGGUUGAGAACGGUGGGGGGGAGGCAGUGGGCGGUGCAUCACUGGCAGCAGGUGCAGGUGCAGCUGGUGGCGGCAGAGGAGGGGGCGGAACUGCGCAUGCCACUGCUGCUGCUCGACAAACACACCCUCGCCUCCUCCCCCCACUCGCUCUCCCUCUCCACCAGCGACACUGCUGCUCCUGAUGAUGAUGCUUCUGCUGCCCAGCCCCUUUCUGUUUCCUCCCCACCGCCCUUCCCCUUCGCUGCAGUGGAAAGUGAACUGGUUGCUGCCGCAGCCGCAGCUGGGGCUGCUGGGGUUUCUGGGGAGCCUGGGGGGGAGACUGCUGGGGUUGCUGAGGGGGCUGAAGGUGACGGGGUUGCUGCUGCUUCUGGUGCUGCAGGGGGUUUGAAAGAGGCUGGAGGCCCAGGUGGUGAGUCAGAACUGGCAAUGUUCCUUAAGGGGAGAGAGGGAGGGGAUGAGGGGAGGAAAAGAGGAAUGCGGACUAGUGCUGAGAAAAUGGGAAGUUGA